AUGUCGGUCCACCAGCUGCGAUACUCGCGCACAGCAGGCACGGCUCCGCAGGCCAACACCAACAACGCCUCGGAAAGGGUCAAGGUCGUUCUCCGCGUCCGCCCCACCAUCGACGAGGACCUCUCCAACGCACGGACGCAAGAUGAUCUGGUGGUGGGCGUCAAGGUGGCAGCAAACAACAGGGCCAUCUCGCUCAGCCAGCCGCUGUUUGACUCGCGCGAGUUCCGCGCCGACGCCGUCCUGGGCCCGCAGGCGACCCAGGAUGACAUGUAUGCCGCCGUCGCCGCGCCCGUCGUCGACCAGGUCCUUGCAGGCUUCAACGGCACCGUCAUGGCGUACGGGCAGACGGGCUCGGGCAAGACGUACACCGUGUUUGGGCCCGAAGAGACCGUGGAGCGGAGCGGCGAUCCAAACUACUUUGAAAAGUGCGGCGUCAUUCCGCGGGCUAUCGACCACGUCUUUGAGCACAUCAACGCGUGCAAGGAGACGACCGAGUUCCGCGUCGCCAUCUCGUGCCUUGAGAUCUACAUGGAGUAUGUCAUGGACCUGUUUGACCUCGACAAGGCCAACAUGGCUGUCCGUGAGGACCCCGAGUCCGGCGUCUUUGUCGAGGGCAUGCAGCGCAUCGCCGUCGCCUCGCCCUUUGACGCCCUCGUCCUCAUCCAGGAGGCCUUCAAGAAUCGCGCCAUUUCGCAGACGUACAUGAACAAGACGUCGUCGCGCUCGCAUGUCAUCGUCUUCAUCUCGGUCGAGCAGCGCCCCAUCGCGCCGCUUCCCGGCUCGCCCAACGCCGGCGGCCUUCGCCCGGUCAAGUCCGGCCUCCUCACCCUCGUCGACCUUGCAGGCUCGGAGCGGGUCUCAAAGUCCGGCUCAGACGGCCAGCGCCUUCGCGAGGCUAAGCGCAUCAACCAGUCGCUCUGUGCGCUCGGAAACUGCGUCGCCGCCCUCUCCGAGCGCAAGCCCGACCGCCACAUCCCCUACCGCAACUGUAAGCUCACCCGCAUCCUUACAGACUCGCUCGGCGGCAACACCAAGACCUGCCUUGUCGCCACAAUCUGCCCCACCGUCUACAACUACGAAGAGUCCAUCUCCACCUGCCUUUUUGCCACCCGCGCCAUGUCAGUUCGGACCCGCGCGCGCGUCAACGUCACCGACGCCUUCUCCGGCGAGCCGCCCAAGCCGAUACAGCAGGCGCUGCCGCUCCCGCCCGCUCUCGCUGCCUCGUCCUCGUUUGAUCGCAACCUCGCUGCCCGAACCUACUCGCCGCCGCCGAGCUCAGCCCGCAAGUCGCGCGCUCCCGCCGCUGCUGGCGGCGCUACCUCGGCCGGAGCGCUAGAGCCCGAGUACGAGUACUACGAAGAGGAGGUCGUCCUCGGCGACGAUGAGGUCCAGCUCCUCGCCUCCACUGGCCGCACCACGGGUCUUACCACGAUCCACCCCUCCUUGCGCUCCUCGGGCUUGCUCGCCUCGCCGGCUCGCGCAGACUCGCGCGAGCUCAUCGCCGCUAACCGUGCUCUCCGCUCGCAGGUGGCCAACCUCGAAGCCGCGCUCUCCGCCGACGUCGUUCCCAAGUCGCACAUCGACGAGCUGUGGAAGAAGCGCGAGCACGAGCUCGUCGCCAAGUUUACCCGCAUCAUCACCCACAUGCAGUCUCAGAUCGAGAAGCAGGCUGCCACCAUUGUCUCGCUCCAGCAGCGCCUCGACGCCGCCGCGGCUCCAGCCGCCCCGCCCGCGGCCUCGCCCGCACGCUCAGAUGGCGACAUUGAGCAGCUUGUCGCUGGCCUCCUCUCCAUCCCUUCCAUCCGCACCAAGCUCCAGACACACAUCGCCGCCACGCCCGGCUCGUGACA